UUCAGUUUCGAUUUGAUUUGAUUUGAUUCGUGACAGUUGGUGUUCGUGUUUGAGAACAAGGUUGGAAUUUCAAUCCAAGAAAUGGCUGCAAGGCAAAGGCCUUCUAGGGAGUACUCAGAAAAGAGUACAAGAUGUACGGAACAAACAAAUGAAGGUACGAGAUGUCAGAGAAGAACCUGUCACAGAAGUGGGAUUUGUGGACAACAUCUCAAGAAUUACUCAGAUGCAGAAAUCAGGAGAUUAGUCCGCGCGAGCCAACAUGGCCAAGGGAGGCGAGGAGGACGUCGCCGGCCAAGAGAACAAGAAAGGGCCAGGGCGCAACAAUGUGCUGCACUCACUCAAAAACAUUUGCAGUGCAAGAGAGCUGCAAAAACCGAGGGUCUAUGCACUCAACAUUAUAACAUCCAACGGAGGCAGCGUGAGGACAUGGAACAGGUGGGAGGUGGGGAGGGAGUGGUAGGGGAGGUGCUGGGGGAGCAGGGAGGGGAGGAUCUGGGGGUGAUGGAGGUUGGGGCGGAGGAGGUGGUUGGGGAUGUGGGAGGGGAGGAGGUGGUUGGAGUGGGCGGGGAGGGGGAGGAGGAGGUUGGGGGGGAGGAGUGGCAGGCGUGGGCAAGGGAGGUGGUGGGGUUUAGGGGGAGGACCCCGAGGGAGUUAGGGUUUAGGAUGUAUGUUAUAAGGGAGGAGGUAGAGGUGGAAGAGGUUGUGGAGGAGCAGGGGGUUGUGGAGCUGAAUGCAACCCAGUCAGCUACACUUGGAUGCAUUGGAGGUGGAGGGAUUGAGUUAUUUUAG